GCUAUCGCAAGCGUGUUGCGCGUGUUCUUCCCGAAAAAAAACACAAAAAACAAAACAAAAGCUAGGAUAUUUUUUGAAUAUUGUUUUGGAAGAGAGAAAACUGUGUAUUGAAAUUAGGAGAAAACUAUUUAAAUUUCAAAAGAAAAGCUCUUCAAUUUGUUGUGAUGUGUUUUUGAAUUCCCGCCAAGUUCUCGUCAAGUGCUUUACGUGUUGUAUUUUUUUUUUUAAAUACUGAAACAAUAACAAAACGGGAAUUUAAAUUCGAACGUCUUCAACAACAAAGUUCAUUUGACUGUUUGCAUUCUUUUGCUUGUUCGUUUCACGUUUGUGUGUGUGGGCACGCGUCACCAGCUGUCAACCUGUUGGGUCAUCGAAACCUUCCAGCCAUCCGCGAGAACGUUUUUACGUCAUCAACAGCUGGCCAGCUCUUAAAACAAAAACGACUGGGACAAAUGAACGGCCGCAACGGUUAAAAGCGGAUAGCCUGGAUCACUCUCCUUUUUCUUUUUUAAAGGGAGAAAAAGAGGAUGCGGCUGGUGGCGAACAACGGCCGGAUUAUUUUGGCAAUUUUGCUGCUGAUUCAGCGAUGCUGUGACGCAAUGCAAGAAUUACAAAAACAGCAAACGCAGCAACCUUACAACUGUCCGAAGCAAUGCAUUUGUUUAUCAUCGACGCAAGUGCUGUGUAACGGCGGAGGACUGAGCCAAGUCCCCGACGAUCUGCCACCGUACGUGGAACACCUUUCGCUCAUCAAGAACAACAUCCGCCAGUUGAAGACGGACGCGUUCCAGCGCUACAAGGCGUUGCGUAAACUCUAUUUGGACGGCAACGCCAUCAAUCAAGUGCAGGCGUUCGCAUUCCGCGGCCUCGGCCGUCUCCAGGAGCUGUCCAUGCAAAAUACUCCGCUCGACAGGCUCGGACAAUUCACCUUCUCCGGCUUGCAUAAUUUGAGCCACCUCUACUUGGCCAACAAUCAAAUACGGCGCAUCGAGAGCUACGCAUUCGCUGGCACUUCGUCCAUCCGCCUCCUGGUGCUCACCAACAAUCCGACCGUCCGCAUCGAUUCAUCCGCUUUUGCUGGCUUGAGCGACGUUCAAAUGAUUUAUUUACCGGCCGGAGUCCGCCACCUGGAACAAGAUGCUUUCAGCGGACUGUCGAUGAUUGGGCAUUUAAAACUGGCCCAUUUAGACCUACAGUCCCUCAAUAGUUUCGUCUUUCGAGGCUUGAGGCAUGUGCAGUUGUUGAGCAUCCAAGAAAGCGAUUUGGGCAUCAUCCGUCCUGGCGUUUUUGUUAACAUGACCAGCAUCGGUCGUGUUAGUUUCAUCAACAACAAAAUCGACGGGAUCGAUUCGCUCGAAUUGACGGCCGAUAACCGCGUCCGGCAAUUCCAUUUUAUCGGCAAUCAUUUGCUGGAUCUUCCGCACGGCCGCGCUAUCCACAUACAAGGUGUGCCAGUUGUGAAUGCAUCCAACAAUCAUUUCCCUUGUGAUUGCCACGUCGUCAGCUGGAUGCAAUCAGCCAUGUUCGCUAAUCAGAGUCGCGAGCGCAUGAUGGCCAACAAUUACUGCAUUUCACCGUACGAAGUGCACGGCAAAUCCAUCCAAUCUGCUGCGGAAGAAGCUCACCUCUUUGGUGGAUGUGAGAGCGACGACGCAGCGCCAGAGCGUACCGUCGCUUUGGAAACGACCAAACCAUCGACUUUGUUCAUCAACAGUUGCGGUCGUUCGCCGACGAACAGCGAAUCGAUGACUAUUGUAAUCGCAUUGUAUUUAUUGUUCCAACAGUUUGUACAGUUGUAAAUAAUUCCAUCAGUGA